GGUAGAUUCAGUAGGCGACGAACGAAAACGAAUCCGAAUCCGAGCAGCAACUGCCCCCCACCCGUGACGCCCCCGUUCCCCAAGCAGAUCACCGGGAAACGGAUCACCGUCGUCGUCGUCGUCAUCACCUGGCAGAAGGAGCAGCAGCGGGAGCAGGAGCAUCAGCAGCGGGAGCAGCAGGAGCGGCCGCAGAAUGGCCCAAUCUCAUCGGGAUCAGCGGGGAUCCGGGCCACUGCCCAAUAGAUGGCUCUACUGUCCGCGGAAGAGCGACUCCAUCAUUGCGGAGCGCUUCCUGGCCUUCAAGACGCCGCUGAGCCAGGGCUUCCAGGACAAGAUGCCCAUCGAGUGCACCUUUCGCCCCGAAAUGCUCUUCGAUUACUGCAAGACUUUGAAGCUAAAACUGGGCCUCUGGGUGGACCUGACCAACACGAAGCGCUUCUACGAUCGCUCCACCGUCGAGGAGCGCGGCGCCCAGUACAUCAAGCUGCAGUGCCGCGGACAUGGCGAAACACCUUCACCUGAGCAGACGCACAGCUUCAUCGAGAUCGUGGACAACUUCAUCAACGAGCGGCCCUUCGACGUCAUCGCCGUCCACUGCACGCAUGGCUUCAAUCGCACAGGGUUCCUGAUCGUUUCCUACAUGGUCGAGCGCCUCGAUUGCUCCGUGGAGGCCGCUUUGGCGGUCUUUGCAACCGCCCGUCCGCCGGGCAUCUACAAGCAGGACUACAUCAACGAGCUGUACAAGCGCUACGAGGACGAGGAGGACGCACCGGCGGCGCCCGAGCAGCCCAAUUGGUGUCUCGACUACGAUGACAGUAAUGGCGAUGGCUCGCUGGCGGUCAAAAGGCACUUUGAUGAGGCCAGCUCAUCGGGACAGCAAACUGCAGGAGAGGAUCAGCAGGAGGAGGAGCAGGAAGGCGAGGAGCUGGAGGAUACAGAGGGCGACGCCUCCACCUCCGAUGGGCAGCCGCGCAAGAAGCGUCGCCGCGAGAUGGUCGUGAAGAAUGCGGCAUUUAUGGCCGGCGUGCCGGGUGUGCGGCAGGUGAGCGACCAACCCAGGCUAGGAGACCUCCAGAGGAAGGUGCAGGACUGGUGCCAGUGGAACAAGAACGGCUUUCCCGGCUCACAGCCCGUCUCCAUGGACAGGAACAACAUCAAGCGGCUGAGUGAGAUCCCAUAUCGCGUGUCCUGGAAGGCCGACGGCACGCGCUACAUGAUGCUCAUCGAUGGACGCGACGAGGUGUACUUCUUCGAUCGCAAUCAUUCGUGCUUCCAGGUGGAGAACGUGGCCUUUGUGGACGGCAAGAACCUGAAUGAUCAUCUCGAGGGAACGCUGCUCGAUGGGGAAAUGGUGCUGGACAAGAUCGGCGAGACGGUGACGCCGCGCUACCUCGUCUACGACAUUGUGCGCCUCUCGCAUCGCGAUGUCCGCGACGAGCCCUUCUAUCCCAAUCGACUGGACUACAUCAAGAAGGAGGUGAUUGGGCCGCGCAUUCUGGGCAUGAAGCAUGGGAUUAUCAAUCAGCGUCUGCAGGCCUUCAGUGUGCGCGGCAAGGAUUUCUGGGACAUCUGGAUGUCGGCCCGCCUGCUGGGCGAGAAGUUCUCGCGCACGCUGGCCCACGAACCCGACGGCCUCAUCUUCCAGCCCUCCCAGCAGCCCUACACCGCUGGCGUUUGCUCGGACGUGUUCAAAUGGAAGCCCCACGAGCUCAACUCGGUGGACUUUCGGCUCAAGAUCAUCACGGAGCGGGGCGAGGGGCUGCUCACCAAGAAGGUGGGCUUUCUCUACGUGGGCGGCCACGAUGCUCCCUACGGACGCAUGCAGAAGUUGACUAAGGAGAUUAGAGACUUGGACAACAGGAUCGUCGAGUGCACCAUGAACCAGUUCGGCACCUGGGAGUUUAUGCGCGAGCGAACGGACAAGAAGCACCCGAAUAGCUUCAACACAGCGCGCUCCGUUGUGGAGAGCAUAAAGCAGCCCAUCACGAAGGAAUAUCUACUGAACUAUAUCGCGAGCUAUGGCUUUCGCGACGAUCAUGCCAUGAUGCCGCCGCCGCAGAACGCCCAUCCGCAUCCCCAUCCGCAUGGCCAUCAUGGCCACCAUGGCGGCGCACCGCCUGCCCAGCGGCGGAACCACUAAGGCGGCAGCUAGCUGGUUGCAGCACCACACACGCCUCAUCUCUCCAUCAACUCGCACCACUGAAAACCCGACACUAGGAAAUUAAACAGACCCCAAUAAAUAUAAUUCAAACAGAGAAUUACACUCAACACUGUGUUGGCCGACAAAA